UCAUACUUUAUGUUUAUAAACGAAUGGAGGUUUUUGAUGGAUUACUUAUUUAUUUCCAUUUCCUUGGUUGAAUUUCCAAAAUCGUUCACUUAUUCAUUCAAAUAUAUUUUAUAUUUUAGGAUUUCUAAUGCGACAUACAUAGAAGUAGUAUUUUUUCAAAAUGAAAGAGGAGGCAAAUGAAAUUGAUAUAAAUAUCAAGAAAUCAGAAUAUGGCGAAAACUUCAAAACUCAUGUAGAAAAAACAGAAGAUGUUGAUAUAUCCGAACAAUUUAUUGAUGAGAAUGAAAUUCAUGAGAGGACAAUAUACCUGCAAAAUGUUGAUAAAACUAACUUGGGGCAUUCAUUCAAACUCAAUGAUUUUCAUGAUGAAUCUUUAAAAGUAGAGAAAUUACCACAAUUUCAUGGAGAAUGUUCUCAUUUGAAUUCUGUCCAUUUAAAUUUGAAGGAACAGAAGUGCCACCUGUGUGAAUAUGCUACAAAUCGUAAAUGGUAUCUCAAACAUCAUAUAGAUUCAGUUCAUUUGAAAUUGAAAGGCUGUAAGUGUCACCUGUGUGAUUUUACUACAAACACUAAGGGGAAUCUCAAACAACAUAUAAAUUCUGUCCAUUUAAAUUUGAAACAACAGAAGUGCCACCUGUGUGAUUUUGCUACAAAUCGUAAAUGGGAUCUCAAACAGCAUAUCAAUUCAGUCCAUUUAAAUUUAAAGGAACAUAAGUGUCCCUUGUGUGAAUUUGAUGCAAAUCGUAAAGGGGAUAUCAAACAUCAUAUAGAUUCAGUUCAUUUAAAAUUGAAAGGCUGUAAGUGUCACCUGUGUGAUUUUACUACAAACAGUAAGGGGCAUCUCAAACAACAUAUAAAUUCUGUCCAUUUAAAUUCUGUCCAUUUAAAUUUGAAACAACAGAAGUGCCACCUGUGUGAUUUUGCUACAAAUCGUAAAUGGGAUCUCAAACAGCAUAUAGAUGCAGUCCAUUUAAAUUUAAGGAAACAUAAGUGUCCCUUGUGUGAAUUUGAUGCAAAGCGUAAAGUGGAUAUGAAACGACAUAUAGAUGCAGUUCAUUUCAUUCAUUGAAAAUUGAAAGGCUGUAAGUGUCUCCUGUGUGAUUUUGCUAUAAAUCGUAAAGUGAAUCUCGAACAACAUUAGUAGUUUUAGUUGUUUUCAAUUUGAAGAGUAACUUGUGUGAUUUUGCUACAAAUCAUAAAUGAAAUCUCAAACAACAUAUAAAUUCAGUUCAUUCAAAAUUGAAUGAACAUAAGUGCCACUUGUGUGAUUUUAUUACAAAUCGUAGGUGGGAUCUCAACAAUUAAAUUCUUUUCAUUUGAAUUCGAAAAAGCAUUCAGAUUCGGUCCAUUCGAAUUUAAACAAACAAAAGAGUACACUUCUGGAAAUGUGAUCCAAACUGUUAUGAAUAUGGCGCCAAUUGAAGAAGAUGCGGAAAAUCGCUCCGAAAAAAGUGAAAAAGUUAAUGAAGAAAAAUGUAUUCAUUGCAAAAAGAAAGUUGUAGAAAGUGUGAAGUGCGUGAAAUGCGGCAAAAUUUUCCACCCAAAAUGCCUCACACAGUCUGCGAACCAAAAACUGGCCAGUUGCAAACAUGCAAUGAAAGACAAAACAUGAGAGGAAGGUAGCGUGCACUAUCAAAUGGAAAUAUUGAAUGUAGAAAAUGCAUAUUUGAAGGAACUCCUGAAAUCAUCAGAAGAGAACAAUCAAAUCCUUAUUAUGAAUAACUGCUUGAAAACAUUAGGUUACUGGAAUCCGAGAAAAGGGAGUACAAAAAAAAUUAUCAACAAAGUACAUAAAAACAGGGAAAAAAGAAGGUAACAAAGAAGAUAAGGAGCCACAAAUGGUAAACACCAGAUCAAAGGGAAUAACAUCGAAUGAACUACAAACAUCUAAGAAAAAUCAUGUCAAAUUAACAGAACAUAGAAGAACUAUAGUUUGAUGUAACAUACUAAAUAAAAAGUUAACAUUCUUAUCAUUAUCCUUCAAAAA